UGAUUCCUCCAACUGCCCCGGAACCCACGGCGGCAGGCAGCUGGGGGUGGGGGGGCGGCCCUGGUGUAGGGGCUGUGGCGGUGCGCUUGGACCCGGCGCGGUGGCUGCGGUGGCUCCGGGGCUGACGAGAAACUACUAAAGUUCCUGUGGACACAAAGUAGAAUUUCAUAAGAACAUAAUGGAUGGAGAAGAGAAAACCUAUGGUGGCUGUGAGGGCCCUGACGCCAUGUAUGUCAAAUUGAUAUCUUCGGAUGGUCAUGAAUUUAUUGUAAAAAGAGAACAUGCGCUAACAUCAGGAACAAUAAAAGCCAUGUUGAGUGGCCCAGGUCAAUUUGCUGAGAACGAAACUAAUGAAGUCAAUUUUAGAGAGAUCCCUUCACAUGUGCUAUCAAAAGUAUGCAUGUAUUUUACCUACAAGGUUCGCUACACUAACAGCUCCACGGAGAUUCCUGAAUUUCCAAUUGCACCUGAAAUUGCACUGGAACUGCUGAUGGCUGCAAACUUCCUAGAUUGUUAAAUAAAAUAAAUUAUAAUAAACUGUUAACUUUUUUCAGUAUUUAAUACCUGUAGUUCAGUUAGUAAUUUUUUCACAUAUAGCAUGUUGCCUGUGUGCAGUUGAACUUUAAAGUUCGUUGCAAAGCAGAUCAUCUUCUGUUCUUUUGCAUAGCAAUCAGAGUUGAAAUUUGUUUGCUACAUCAACAAAUUAAGGACAUUUUCACAAAUUGAGAAUAAACAAAUAUGCCAAUUCGUAGGUGGUUUUGCCUUAUCCUUUGGAUGUGAUUUUUAAAAUUAGAGCAGUGGUGAUAUAGUAAAUGCUGAAAUUUAGGCAUAAAUUCAACACGUUCUACAGGUAAAUAAUGGGGCUACAUAUUUUUAUGUUUUUAGUGUUUUUUUAAAAACCUAUUCUGAUCUUAUAGCUGUCAUUAGCAUUACUAGAGUUAUGCAAUUGCAUAUGAUUGCAUUAUAAACAUGUUUAUAACUUAGCCAAAAUAUUGAUUUUUAUAACUGUCAAAGACAUGAGAGUUGAAAUUUCUUAUGUGUCUUUUGAUAAACUGCAGUAUUGUUUAAGUGUA